AAAGAUGUCACAAAAAUGAAAAAAAAAUUGCCGUGUGCAUAAAACAACGCCAUUUUUGCACACGUCAAGGGCCCGGACGUGGCAUUUUUACGCAUAAAACGGCUGAACACUACUAUUCAAUGUGUCAUUUUGCUAAACUCUCUCCAAGUUCAAGCAUAAAAGUCUCCAUCCUUGGAUUUUUGCUUUGUAGUUUAGUUUUUUCUGGACACAACUUCCAACGCGUAUUUUUUAAACAGCAAUGGAUCUUUUCAGAAGUGUUUUAGCAUGUAUAGUCUUAAUUUCAAGUUGUAAAGCAAGCGCAGAUUAUGAAGAAAAGGGUUUCGGCGUAGGUCUCGUUCACAAACCAACGAAUUGUAAACGUGUAACAAAGCGCGGUGAUCACAUCGCUGUGAAAUAUAACGGAACGUUUGUUGAUGGAUCCACCUAUGUUCCAACCAGGUAAGACUACUAAGAAAAUAAAGUUAAAUAUCAGGAUUUUAUCCAUACAUCUUACAAUGCCAUCACCUCAGGCUUAGUGUAUAUAUAGACAUAGGGCUCGGGAUAGAUCUCGACAACUGGCCUCUGUAGCUCAGUUGGUUAGAGCGCUGCACCGGAAUUGCAGGGCAGCAGCUUCGAUUCCCGCCAGAGAGCCUAUAGUUGCAAUUUUCGCAACUAAUCCUGGCUAAGUCUAAUAAAUGUAUAAAAUUCACACUCAAAAUAUCCAUCUACCAAAGCCUUCAUAAAUAAAGUUAUCUUCGCUUUUUGCCAGGGUAUAUUUUUGUUUUUCUAACCUGGUUGUUAACAAAAUUCCUUUUCGUUUCUUUAGCAAAAAGCCUUUCGAAUUCACGUUAGGGGAAGGUCAAGUUAUCACAGGUUGGGACUUGGGUCUUCUCGGCAUGUGUGUUGGGGAGAUACGUCAGCUUGUUGUGCCCUCACACGUUGCCUAUGGCAACUGGCCAGUCGGCGACAAGGUGCCGCCUAAAUCUACCAUCGAGUUCUUUGUGGAGUUAUUACAGAUUAAGGAUACAUUCACUGAUCGGGACAUGGUCUCUGAUACUUUCUCACAGAUUGAUACGAAUGGUGAUAGCAUGUUAUCUAAUGAUGAGGUGGGUUUUAGAGGAUUUUUUGGAUCAGUAUUGAUCUAACCAAGUGAAGUGCAGAAAAAAACAUUUCAAGUUCACAAGAAAGAAUAGUUUAGAAUUGAUAAAACUAUUCAGUUGUUAUUGAUAAAACAAAGCUGGUUGAUAGACCUCUAAUACGAACACAUCUAUCCUGUAUAUAAAUGAAGUUAUUUUUAUUUUCUUCAGGUUGCAAAAUUUUUGAAGAAGCAGAACUACCCUGAUGGACCAGGAGAAAAAAGUCAUUCUCACAUCAUCCGUGAAAUAUUCCUUGAAGAAGACAAAAACAGUGAUGGCACCAUCUCGCAUAAAGAAUUCUCUGGACCCAAAAAAUAUAUCGGAGAUCUUUAAUUUGAGGACUGAUGUGAUAUUAUUGGAGUGAAAGGAGCAGAACUGGAGGAUGGAACACUUUUAUUCAGAUUCAAUAAAACAUUUGUACUAAAUCUAAUUUUAACUCGCCAUAAUGCAAUUUGUACGAACUAUAUUAAAAUUUUCAUUAAAGUACUUUGUCG